UGUGGAGGAGUUUGUUGGACAUGGCUGGCAUGCUAACAGAGAUUGCUUUGGAGAGAUGGCCUUGGAGCAUGGCGUUUCACACAUAUGGAGCUUUCAUAUGUAACCCGCUCGUUGCUGAAUCCUGUGCAGAUCACUCUCCCAUGCAUGAGGCUGCACUCCAUGGCCGCCUACUGUCUCUCAGGAGGCUCAUUGCACAGGGGUUCAAUGUGAACGCAGUAACCCUGGAUGGAGUGUCUCCCUUGCACGAAGCCUGCCUGGGAGGCCACGCCGUGUGUGCCAAGCUGUUGGUGGAACACGGAGCCGACGUGAACGCGGCCACGAUCGACGGCGCUACUCCGCACUUCCAUGCCUGCUGCAGCGGCAGCACAGCCUGCCUGAACCUGCUCCUGGAGCACGGCUCCCUCCCCUUACCGGCCCACACGGAGUCCUCGCCCAUUCACGAGGCUGCCCAGCGAGGUCACGUGGAAUGCAUGGAGAUUCUACUGGCCAGCGGGGUGGACAUCGACCUGGAAAACCCCUGUCUCGGAACCCCUCUGUACACUGCCUGCACCGCAGAGAGGGCAGACUGUGUCCAGAAGCUGCUGAGUCUAGGAGCUGGAGUGCACUCAGGCAGGGCACAAGACACUCCGCUGCAUGCUGCGGCUCGCAGGAACAGUGUGAGGGUUGUGCAGCUGCUGACAGACUAUGGGGCAGAUGUGCUGAGGAGGAACCAGGCGGGAGAGAGGCCUGUGGACCUGGCAGCCCCCAGCAGCCCUGUGGAUUGUGCACUGAGGCUGAGAAAGGGCCCCAGCUCACUGCCUCAGCUGUGUCGACUCAGCAUUCGUGACUCUCUGGGACGAAAGCGACUCCAGGCAGUGUCCAGGCUCCCCCUGCCCAACCAGCUGAGUGAUUUCCUGCUCUACAGAUGACCCCUCCCUCCUCCUCUCCAUCUCUCUCUGCUCUCUCUCUCUGAAACA